AGAGAAGAACAUUUGUGUGCAAUGUCUGUACAUAUCUUAAGGUUGUGGUGGUAUUAAUAUACUUGCAGUGAAGCACGAUAGGUGGACAAUCGAAGUUCCGGUAUUCGGUACUUCACAUUCUUACAUUACAUUUUUCUGAAUAAACAAUUUUGCCCAUUAAAGUUACAAUUAUGUUCGCGACGAGACGUGCUUUGUUAUGCAGUACAAUUAAAGAGGCGUUUAGGGCCAAGCAUACGCUGCCCGAGUUGCCCUAUGAUUAUAAGGCAUUGGAGCCAAUCAUAUCUGCCGAAAUCAUGGAACUUCAUCAUUCGAAACAUCACGCAACUUACGUAAAUAAUUUAAACGUUGCUGAAGAGAAAAUGAAAGAAGCUGCAGCUAAGGGCGACGUAAACACACAAAUCACGCUAGGCCCUGCAUUAAAAUUCAAUGGUGGUGGCCAUUUAAACCAUUCAAUCUUUUGGUGCAAUUUAUCGCCAAAUGGCGGUAAACCGGACGGCGCUCUUCUUAAACAAAUUGAAAAGGAUUUUGGCAGCAUGGAGGAGAUGAAGAAACGCUUAUCCGACAGUACUGUCGCUGUUCAAGGCUCUGGUUGGGGCUGGCUUGGAUAUGAUAAGCAAUCGAAAUCAUUAAGGAUAGCCACAUGCGCUAAUCAAGACCCGUUACAAGCUAUAACCGGUCUGGUACCGCUUUUCGGUAUCGAUGUUUGGGAACACGCCUAUUACUUGCAAUACAAAAACGUUCGACCCAAUUACGUAAAAGCGAUUUUCGAUAUUGUUAAUUGGAAUGACGUUAAUGCCCGCUACAAGAAUGCUGGUGGAUGCUAAAGUGAAUGAUCACUUCCAGAAAGCAGAUUAUAAAUACGAUAGCGUCGAAAGUGUUUCCUACGUAGUACGAAUUUCUUUCCAAAAUCACUAUUUCGUACUGUUUUUAUGAAGAUAAUUGUGUUUUUCUAUACACGCUUUUAGUAUGUAAUGUACACAUACCAUGUAAUAAGAAUGAAAUCAACAGUAAACACUGUUUAAUCUAU